UUAUUGCUUGGGUGUGAUUUUCUUAUUGAUGGGCAAUUUUUUUUGAGGUACCUAUUUUAUUGUUAAAACUGGAAGAUAUAGAAAACAUUAUCCUGAACGUUCUAUUGAAAACUAAAGAUCAGAACAUGUUCAAAUAUUCAUGCAACUUAUUCUAUUUCCUUUAAUGACAGUUUAUAGAAAUCAUUAAAAUUUGUCAAUAUUGCACAAUCAAUUUCAUCCUUACAUCACAAUACAAGCAUCUCAAAGGAAUUUCAAAAUAAUCAAAAAUGUCUGUUAAAGUGAAGAAAGAACUUCCAUCAUGCAAGGUUGCCAUCGAACCACUUCCAAAUUUAGAUCUACGAUGUUUCUUAAAUAAACGAAAAAACACUACACUUGAAAACAAUAAUGUUUUUGGAAAUACUACUCCAACGGCUGAGAUUGAAAGCUCUUUUGUCCCAGACAUUGUCAGUGAUAUCAAAGAAACUGAUACUCCAAACGCACCAAAUGAAAUUGCUACAAAUGAAUUUGAUACUUUUUCUUGUGACCUUUCCACAGAAGCGCAACUACUUGGUGAGACAGAUGACAUUUCUGUAACCAGCCAUAACAUCAAUGAAGAUGCAUUAUUAUAUGGUGAUAAGAGCAACCAGGGAGUGAAUGAUGAUUUUAAACAAACAAGUGAUUUUCACCCAAUAAAUACAAAUAAUGAUUUUGAGCCAAUAAAUUCAAACAAUAGUUACGAUCCAAUAGAAAGGAACGAUAGUUUUCAACCAAUAAAUAUAAACAACACUUUUGAACCUAUAACUACAAGCAAUGAUUUUGAACCAAUUGAUAAAAACGACCAAAAUAAUAACAGCAUGUUUAAUGGGGAUAUAGAUACUAGUUGUAACUUUGAUUUGGUGUCACUUGCAGCAUUUGAUGACGAGUUUAAUGAAGACGAUAUUCAGUCUACUGAUGCUAAAACUACAAACACCCAAGUCAAUACUAGUUCCACAAAACCUCCAGAAAAUCUGUCAACUGGCUUAAAAAGAAAAAAUGAAGAUCUUACCGAGCCAUACAGUAAAGUUAAUAACUGGAAGGAUAGAUAUUCUGAUCAAUUUAAAGCGCCUCUUCCCAGAGAUAAAAUACCAAGUCUGUUAACCCAACCCAUCGCUAAUUUAGAGUUGCUUAAAAUAAUAAAUCAAUCUUUUAUAUUGCCAACCCCUCCAGUGAAUCCCAUCAUCGCAUCAAUCCCCUUGCUUAAUCAAACGAGACAAAGAAAUUAUAAAAAUAACACACAUAUUGGGCAGCGACAAGCUUUUGUUAAACCGAUGUGCAUAGAUAAAAUUCCUAAGUUAAAUGUUAGAAAUGAUUAUAAUCGGAAGCGUGAUAAUACCGUCCCUGCUGGAAUUUGUCAAUCGUUUUGGUAUUUGGGAGUUUGCAAUAAUCCUAAGCCAUGUCAGAUGAAACACGAACGCAAAAACUCAAAUGCUAAUAAGCUUGCGUAUAAGCAAAAUGACCAAUACAGACAUAGUGACCAUGAAGCCAAAAAUAAGGGAGCAGGAAGUCCAACUAAACACAUCUCUGCACCAUUUGAUUGUCCUAAAGGUUAUUGCUUUGAGUAUUGGCAGCUUGGUCGUUGUAGUAAAAAGAAGUGCAGUUAUAAUCACAUGAAACGAGGUGUUAAUGCUGGAGUCAAACCUUUCUCAGUAGUGAACAAUUCACAUCAGACUCAUGCAGCAGAACAGAAUAAAGGAAGAAAGGUGUCGGAAAGCAAUGGUGGAUUGAGGCCUUCAGUUACACCUCUUCACCAGUUUAAUAACAGAAAUGCAAAUGAACUGCUUGAAGAGCUGCAGUACCUUACGAACAUCGAUCGAGCAUGGUUGAUUAUUCAACAGAUCAGGGACCGUACGUCAGGCAAUUCACCGUCUUACCAAAAGAUAGAUGAAAGUAAAUUUCGGCAUGGAAUCGAACAUACCUUAUUGUGCAUAAAAGAAAACACCAAUCAUGAUAAUGCUGAGAUUGCAACACAACUGGUGGAGAUGAAACGUGCAAUGCUAAAACUAAAAUGGGAAGAUUUGUUUGUUCACGCACAAGUACUGGCAAAUGUUGGACGUAUAAAUAAUGCUGUUGAUGUGUUGCAAGAACUGCUAACAACUUUUGAUCGUAACAGAAUUGAUAGCAACGAUAUGGAAAAAUUAUUAUUCUUAUGUACAGACAAGAGAGGAUUUGUUUUGAAGAUAUGGGAUUAUGUCAAAAACUAUUUUGUUAAUUCGGAAAGAUUGUUGGAUAAAUUUUUCGUUGAAAUCGAGAUAUCUGUGUUAAGUCCAAAAAUAAAAGCUGAAACAUUAACAUGUAUAUGUAAGAAAUUAAUUGAUGGAAGUUUGGUGCUAUCCAACGAUGCAAGAAAAACGUUUUUGAAAUUGUUCACACCAUGUUGUAACAUUGGCCAACUGACUGAACUGCUGAAUGCAUGGGUUGACUUCAAUGUUGUGCCAGUGAUCACUUUAGAGAAACUUUUGCUUUCCAUACAAACGAAUACAAAUGUUGUUGCAGCGAUUUCACUUCUGGAAAGAAUGCCAUUAUCUCUUUGCUCAUCUUCCUCUCAAUCAUUUAAUGAAGCAGUGGUCAGUCUCUGCAAAAAUGGUGGACAAUGUUUUGAUGUAGUAGAGAAGAUUUAUCUUUUGAUGCGCAAGGCUUCGAUUCAACUAACGGAGGAGAGCAUACUUCGUGUAUUGAACAUGGUAUGUGCUAACAAGAAAUACGAUCUAUUUGUGACUCGUUAUAAUGAGAUAACAGAACAGGGUAUUGUACCGGCUGAUUUAACCAUACCAGACUGGUUUGCUUCAACUCUUGCAGACGCCCUUGAAACUGGACCAGACAAAGUUCAUCACAAAAUGGUGUUAUGUCUUCUUUCAACGAAGAUCCCGCCUGAAGAAAGAAGAAUCAGUCAAGUUUUAAAUCUUUUAAUUGCAAAAAGAAGAUUUCCCGACAUUUUAGAUUUAGUAAAAAAGUGUUUAGAUCGAAGUUAUAUGUUGUCUCAGAAGGAAUUGCGACGGGUUGUACUUAUACUAGAAGAAUGGACCGCAAACACGGAGGCUUCUAUAUUUGUGUACACCAAAAUGCGCGAGAUAUAUCCGCGACCUGAACACCAAUGUGUUUGUGGAAAAAAAGUGAACACUUCUUACUUGCGAAGCAAGUUUCAAUUUUCUGAGACGUUUCAAAAAUCUUGUGAUGACGACAGAUCUAGCGCAGAUUCUAAUAGUAGUGUGUUCAAUCAAGAGCAAGUUCUAGCAACAGCGCAUCGCGAACUAUUGAGAAUAUCCGCUGAACUUAAUGAAAAUGGCGAAGAUAGCUCCAAGUUCAAGGAGUUAUAUAUGGAAGCGGUGUCAAUGGAUGCAGCAAAUAACAACAUCGUUUUAAAUGGUUUAUUUCUCGGUCUAACUAACAAUGAACGACCUGGAUAUAAGUUUAAUAUAUUUAUUAGAUUGCUUAUGCAAACAUAUACCAACGCAGGAAAUGAUAUUGAGCUACCCGAAGAUGUAUCUUUGGCAUCAGGCCGUCUUGCAGUUCGUGUAAUUAGGUACUUACACAAUCGAGAGAGUUUUUCCGAAGCAUACACAAUACUGCAUACCUGUCAUGAACAUUUGAUAUCAUAUUCGCACAGCGGUGGGCAGUUUGGAACCAUGAUGGAAACUAACGAAGACAUGAGUGUAUGUUCGAUCGCGAAUUUAUGCUCUGAUGUUUGUAUCCGUAACAACAAAAUUGACAGUGGAUAUCAUGUUUUAAAACAUUGUCAGUACGGAGUUCCAGAGAGUGGGGAACUUGACGAAAACGAACUUUCUGAGCGAAAUAACCGCGCGGGCCGUUUAAUCGAAGGUUUGCUGCAAAUUCGAAUGGCAGUCGAAGCUUGGGAUACAUUUUUAAAUGUGCAUGCAACCAUGUCGAUUCCUGUAAAGACAAAGCUCAUAAACGAGGUGUGUACUAGCUUCUGCGAAUUAAACUUACCAGAAGAAGCACUCAAAGUGUCUAGCGAGAUAAACAAGUUAAAACUCGAUGUCCACAGACGGACAGUGAAAGCUUACGUGAAUUGUUUAGCGUUAAACGAUCAUAAUCCUGAAGCACUCGAAAUGUUUCACAAAGGCAUAGCUAUUAAGGCUUAUGGACACACCUACGACAAAGAUCGGCCGUACCAAAUUUUAUUGUCAACUGACUUGAGCCGUGUAGAAAUCCGGUUGCUUGUCGAGCAACAUUUUAAAGACCUUCGCAUGGAUCCCGCCUACGAAGAGCUACUCGCUAAGAGCAUCGACAUGAUGGAUUCAUUCAGCCCGUUUGAAUUUACCGUGGUACCUUCGCAUGAUCAGGAUUUAGUCGAGUUUAAAGCAAGUAAAGAGAGAACUUAUCAGGACCUGAUUGCUUUUGCUGCUGAAUUAACUCCACCGUUGGAAAUUAUUGAAAAAAGUGAACAGCGAAUCGUUGUUUCUCACGCCAGUGUUUAUCGAUGGACAUCGCAUCAAUCCCUACCUAGCAACGAUCACCCCCCUUCGCUGGCACCGCCGGUUAAAAAGAAGCGAACAAUUGCUGUACCAGAUGCUCCCUUGUAUGACGUGGCAUGCUUCAGUAACAUGACAAUGACGAUAUGUCCGACACCGAAACCAUUUGAUAUGACAGAAGAAAGCGCAAGUGUAACUGAUUUACCUGUUAUUGUUAAUGUUCCUACAAAAAGAAACGUUCUAAUUAAGGAUUAUCCAGACACUGAAAAUGAAGUGGAAGCAGAAAAAUACAUCAGAAAGACGAUAUGUGCCGAACUGACAGCUUUUAUGAAGAAAGGGAUUAUUCAAAAAGAGCAUUUUGUGCCGAUCGCGAAGAAGCUACACAAAUCUUUUCUGGCUACGAUGGAAGGCCGUGGUCCAAUUUUCUUUGAUAAAAGUAUUAGUUUGGAAGCGUCAAAAUUUGUUGUCAGCAACUUUAAAAACUUUUUAAAUGAGCCGCUUAUCAAGUGAUUUUUAAACCAUAUUUUAUAGAUUAUAGGUUAUAUAUAUUUGUAUUUAUUUUUUGCUUUUUAUGAGACUUGUUUACCUUUUUAAUGAGACGACAAAAACGUCAAUGUUUUGGUACAUUUUCCUCUUGCUUACGGUUAUUUUUCUUUAAUUUUUAUACAAACCUAUUAUCAAUUUCUACGUAAUUCUUGACAGGUUGCAGAAUGCAUGUAGAAUGACGAAGAUUUUACCUGUGUAUUAGAAUACUCACGUAAAAACAAACUCUGGUGUUUUUUAAGUGUUUUUUUUACCGUGUACAUAGAAAAGUACUGAAGAAAACAAAAGUGACGAUUUUUAUCGAAAAAUACUCGUGUGCAAACUUGAUAUUCUCUUGUUCCCAAAUUGUUUUUUGAUUUCUUGUAUUUCUAGUACCGAUUUAUUUUGACGUAAUAUUUACGCAAACGGUAUUGGUAAUAUUGUCCACCUUCAUUCCCAGGGCAUCAAGCCUUUAUAAUACACUUGGCAGCCGCCUCUUGACAAUGGCUCUAGGCAAGAAACCUUGGGGAUGAAGAUAAUUGUUGUUUUUUUUAACCAACGCGUCUGUUUCGAAAGGUGCAUCUGUAAAAAUAUUUUGGCUAACAAAUUAUUUUUCGCAA